AUGCCGGCCGGCGCCGACCGCAUCGGCGCCCUUCCGGACGAGAUUCUCCACCAUCUCCUCUCUUUCCUGCCGGCGGAGGAGGCCGUCCGUACGUGCGUGCUCGCACGCCGCUGGCGCCACGUAUGGAAGUUCACCACAGGCCUGCGCAUCGUCGAGUCCGAGGACUUCCCGAGAUCUAUUCAGGAUGUCCGGGAAUUCGUCGACUAUCUGCUCAUCCUGCGUGGCCAUGAGCCCCUAAACACUUUCGAGGUCGAGCUCUCCGACCUCUCCCAGGACGACGCGCCCUACCUGAACCUAUGGGCCCGUUUCGCUCUCCUCUGCAAAGUUCGUGAGCUCACCCUUUGUCUGUAUCACACCGAUUUCCUCUGCGCCAGGCUAGACGGCCUGCCCAUCGUCUCUCGGAAUCUCACGACACUAAACCUUCGGGGUGUAGGCCUCCAAGGGGGCUUUCUUGAUUUUUCUCGCUGCCCGGCGUUGGAGGAUCUCAGGAUGCGCCACUGCCAGAUUGAUGUCGACAAGAUAUCGUCCCUCUCGCUGAAACGCCUGAGCAUCAUCUUUUGCCGCUCCGCUCUGGAUCACCGGGUCACCGUUUCUGCUCCGCGCCUCGUCUCCUUUACGCUAGACAGCUUCGCGGGUAGAACCCCGCUGCUUGAAAUCAUGCCCAUGUUAGAGUCCGCGGUCGUGGAACUUGGGCGUGCAUGCACCGAUUUCUGUCAUAACUACAGAAGCCGGGGUUUCUGUGCUGCUAACAGUGCUGCUAGAUGUGCGAAUUGCCUUGCUUACAAUGAUGAAAGCAGCAAUACGGUGCUUCUUGGAGCUAUCUACAACGCUGAACAUCUACAGUUGAUAUCUCCAUUAGGAAUGAUGAUUUUUGCAAGGGAUUUGAAAAGUUGCCCUACAUUCAACAAGCUAAAGACUUUGCUACUCAAUGGCUACUGGUGCGUGGGUCCUGACUUUGAUGCACUAACUUGCAUUCUCAAACACUCUCCACUUCUAGUGAAGCUCACUCUUCAACUUGUUUCCGAGGAAGAAGUACAUAAAGUGGAAAUGAAAGGAAGCUACAGUUCAACGGCAAAACCUACUGGAAUAUCAGAGCACCUGAAGUUAAUUUCAGUCAAGUAUAAUGUGGUUGAUGAUAGAGUUCUCCAACUUUUGAAAUUCAUGUGCACAUUUAACAUACGAUUCAGUUUUGAGUGAGGGUGAAAGAAUCGACUUGAUGGUGGAUGUGCCAUCUCUCAACUAUUGGAAACUCUGGCUUCACUGUGGUGUGACGUGGAUGAUGCUAGCAUGUUGUCAUAUUUUAACUAUGAACAUCUUAUGAGUUCCAGUAAGACUGAUGCACAAUUUAGGAGUCCUGGCUUUGAGCCUUAAAUCAUCCAAUUGGGGCCUAUUUUACAAUAUCAUGUUUAUUGUACUUUGUCCUCGUGCUUGUAAUGUGCUUAAGCACAGACCUUGUAACGUGAA